CGUUCGGCAACAUUGAAAUACACCGCGCCGAUCUGCCAUAAAAUACUCGCGAGUUGAAAUGUGAAAAAGCCAAAAUUUUGGUAAUGCUCGCUGGUGUGAUUAAAUUCAAACUAUGGUGAAAAUGCAUCAACGUAACCGGAUAGUGGUGUAAUUGUGGAUAAUUUUUGUGUGGAAGCUGUUUAAAUUCGUGUAACCUUAAUGAUUGGUAGAUAUUAUAUAACUGUUUAAAAUGAAAAAUAUAUUGCUAAAACAAGGUCGUGGUUGAGAAAGUGUGUGGAAAGUUGAUUAAAACAAUACAGAAAAUUCUUACGCUUGAUUCAGCUAAAUAAAAAACCAGGAGAAAACUGAAAACUGACCGUGAUAAUAUGUGAGUGCCACUAUGACGUCACCUCCUACUAUGACGUCACUAUCUACGGAGACGUUCUACUUUUAUCUCACCUGGGACGUUAACGAAACCUAGACCUAUGGAGGUUUCCAACUCCACCAACGACAGCUACUACAGCCUGGACGACCAGGAUCCUGAUGAGGUGUUCUUCGAGUUCAUCGCCUACGGGGUCCUUCUCAACCUCAUCGGGGUGAUGGGGAUCAUCGGGAAUGUCAUCUCCAUGAUCAUCCUCUCCAGGCCGCAGAUGAGGUCGUCCAUCAACUACCUACUGAUAGGCCUCGCUCGGUGUGACACUGUGCUCAUAGUAACAUCUAUAUUCCUGUUCGGGAUCCCUGCUAUCUACCAGUACACGAGGACAGACAUCUUGUACAAUUACGAGUUCUAUAUUUACCCCUUCCUGUGUCUCAUAGUGUUCCCUGUAGCUUUGAUAGCGCAGACAGUGUCAGUGUACUUGACCUUGACGGUGACCUUGGAACGAUUCGUGGCUGUGUGUCACCCCCUGCAAGCCAGGUCACUGUGUACCUACGGUCGGGCCAAGCUCUACGUGGUGCUAAUUAUUAUUUUCUCAACUCUCUAUAAUUUAUCGAGAUUCUGGGAGAUCAGUGUGGUAGAGGUGUAUCACCCGUAUACUAACACUACUGUGUAUAUGACGCAGCCGUCAGAGCUUAGGAAAAACAAUAUAUACAUAUCGGUGUAUAUUCACUGGCUCUACAUGGUCUUCAUAUAUUUUUUGCCGUUUAGCUGCUUAGCUGUGCUCAAUGGUGCUAUUUAUAGACAGGUACGACGAGCAAACCAAGAGCGCCAGAGACUCUCUCGCCUCCAAAAGAAAGAGAUUGGGCUGGCUACCAUGCUGCUGUGCGUCGUCGUAGUAUUCGUCGUCUGCAACAUCCUCCCCCUGGUGAACAACGUGCUUGAGAACUUCUACGGGAUAAUCGUGGACCAGCUGACCAAGACCAGCAACCUUCUGGUCACCUUCAACUCCUCCAUCAACUUCGUCAUCUACGUCAUUUUCGGGGAGAAGUUCAAGAGGCUGUUCCUCAAGAUGUUCUGUUCUCACGGUAUGUUGACCUGUGCGAGUGCCCUGGGAGGAAGGGACUCUCCAGAUGGCGCCACCCACGAGGACAGCCUCAUAUCCAACGGGGACGGUAGGAACUACUCCGUCAGAGGAACUCACUUGUGUCAGAUCCACCGAUCUGGGACGACCAUCGUGAGGAAUGGACGUUCCGGCAAGAACUUCCACAGGAGUAUGAGAGUAACGCGCACUCUGUCGCCCGGACCUUGCGUCUACUACCCGGCCCGCUCUGGCAAGGCUAGUGACCAAUGGGAGAACGAGGUCACCACGACGACGACGCUUAACCAGCUGUGAGUCAUCUGUCACUGGGGAAAAGCUACCUGCUCUUUACAUGUACAGCAUAUGUGUUACCUGUCGACCCGUCUAGUCAUUAGCUUACCUGUAGUGUUAGGGGAGUUUUGCUAUAGGAUAUUCAAAGACCGUGAAAUUCUUUCUUGUUUUAAAACAAAUUUAAUUAUUGUAAAAAUAGCUUUUUAUCAUAUACAUCUGCAGACACGUACUACAUGAAAACUAUGAAAAAAACCCACGAUUAUUCAGUCAUAAUAUAAAAUCCUAUACAAUCAAUAGCAUUAUUAUAUUACUACGUAUAUUAUCCCACCACCACAAAUGAAGCUUUGGAUUUUAAAAUUAUCAAUCACUAUAAAAGGAAAAACUUAAAGAAAUGUCAUCAGAUAUUAAAUAUUAAGUACACCUGCUAAAAAAAAAAAAACUUAUAUGCAUUGACUUUUAGAAACCUUUUUUACCAGCAGUUUUUGAUCAAGCAACGCAUUUUUGCAGUCUCCAAUAUUCGUCAAUGUUCUUAUAAUAAUCUCUCCGUUCGCUAUGUAAAAUAGGGUGUUAUCACAAAAAAAAAACUGUUUAAUCAAUUGUUUUAAUGUUUUUUUUUCGUAUAUGAAACUUUAUUUUAAUGUGGUGGAUCAUGUUUUUUUGCACACUCUUGUAAAUAUUAUUCUUAACCAUUUACACAUUAUAGACCUCCCUAGAAUCUCUGACUGAUCACAUAGCUUACGUAUACGUUGUAAUCUUGUAAGUAUGUACAUAUUUGAUAUCUCUAGUCAGUAUCAUAAAUCUGGUCUCAUUUGUAAACAUAGAUGUAAGUCUUUGCUGUGCUAAAUUACUUAGAGCUGUAAAAUACAAGCCGCAAUAUGGCUAUAUAUCAAAGCUGAUCUGUUUACCCACAAAGGCCACAGGGUAUGUAAUAAAGUUGAUGUAGAUUUACUCAAAGUAUUUUUAUAUACAUUCUCUUCUACAGUACUGUUUCGUCUCUAUUAUCGUGCAAAUAUACUUAUAAAUGUAAAGAAAAUGCCGUGUAAAUUUCCUUGUGAUAAACGAAGUAUGGGAUAUUCAAAACUUUAGCUGUUAACAACAGACGAACAAUAAAAAAGAUUUUUAAAUGUAUGGAGUAUAAUUAAAUUCCAGAUAGGCAAAAAUUAUCUAAAACUUUUUGUUAUUUUUUAUGGGUAAACUAUACGCAUUAUGAGAGAAGUUUCAAACGUAGCUUUUAAAAGGAGUACAUUAAACCACAAAAUAUGAUCAUCGAAAAAUAACAAUUGAAAUACAUAUUAUUUUAUUUUACAUUUUGUAGAUGGUGUAUAGUUAAAGAUUUUUUUAUAUAAGUAGGAGAUGUAAUUGAAAAAGGAAAUAUUGUUUCUUAGUUAACAAAGGUAGAUUUAUACCCCAAUAUUGUAUUAUAUUAUAAGAUAUUUAAUAAAAUAAUAAUGAAGUUUAGAUUUUCUUCAUCAAGCGAGCUGUGAUAAUAUAAAGGCAUGUCCUUAUUACUUUCGAUAUAUUCUUGCUGUAAUAACUACCAAGAUUGUAUUAGGCAUUUUAAGUGUACACGCACUAAUAAAUUGUAAAAUAACUUCAUAUAUUCUAGAUAUAUAUGAUAGGCAGUUAUUAUGUAAAUUAAUGACCGAAAUUAUUUAUGCUAUAACUCAAACCAUUCGAAAUCUAACGUGUUGUUUAAAUAUUGUUCUUUUUGCCACUAUCAGUUUAUAUAUAUCAUGUAUAACGAUGAACCUCAAAAUACACAGAA